AUGCGCCGAUUAAUAACACCUUUCCGCCAUCAACUCACUUUGGUUACUCGCCCAAGCAUCACACAAUGUUCGAUUUAUCGUCCCCGCAUAGGGAUUAUGUAUGGAAUGUCUACAAUGGUCGAUCCAGUAGAUACAUUACAACAUUAUAGACACCAGAUACAAACAGAUAUCACAAGUGCCUGGCCUAGUUACGAGAAACUCAAAAGAGACGAGCCCGAGACCUGGCAAAAGUUGAGCCGCGAAGACUUUGUAACGAUCCGAGCUGAAUUAUGGCACACGAAACAAUGGGGUGUAGAAGAUCUAGUUUUGGAAAUAAUAGAAGACAUGCGCAAACUAGAUCAUCAGUGGUCUAUCCUCGAGUACAACGAUUAUUUUAUGGUCAAGUUGUACCAAUCCAAGUACAACGACAUCCUCAACAUGUACAAGGGAGAAUUCCAGCAAAAAGGCAUUCCACUUAGUGUGGGAUCAUUCAAUGUGAUCCUGGCCACAUACAUUAUGGUCGGAGACACUCAAAGUGCAGCCGAGCUGGUCAAGAAGAUGGUCAGAGGAGAUGUGGUACCUAGUAUCCGCGACUUUGAACGCACCAUGCGACGAUGCAUGCCUCAUAAUGCAACAAUUGUCGAGACAGCCAAAGCACUGAUUAGCGAUCACGGAUUCACAACCACACGUAUUCUGGACACCAAUCUGAUCCACUUGUUUGGCGAAAAGAGAGCAGAGGACGUCCGUCGUCUUUAUUUGGCUCAGAAAUCACGGAAAUUGGAUCUUUCGACAUAUGGAAUCCUGCUGCGUGGAUUUGUAGACUCUCGGCAGAUCAAGGUAGCCCAGAGCAUUUAUGAGGAUAUGGUGAAUGCGGGUGUCAAGCCGAGCACUUUUGUCUGCUCGACGAUGCUGACUGUAUUUACACACCGGCGUGAUGUCGCUAGUGCAGAAAAGAUCAUCCAGGAAACAUUAAAGAAUGGUCACGAGCUUGAUAUCACUAUCUAUACACAGCUUAUCAAAGUGUACUUUAAAGCUCGGCAGACCGCCAAAGCCUUCCAUGUGUUUAACGAAAUCCAAAAGAGCCCAUCUAUGAAACUAAAUGAUGUGGGAUUUAUCAAAGCAAAUGACCAUGCUUCUGCUGCCGCUGUGAUGACAGACAUGCAGAAACUUCAAUUAAACCCUGACACGAUCACCUUUACUACCAUGAUUGAAGCAGUCUUGUCAUCCAAACAGCCCAGCUCAGCCCAGGAGAGUCUACAGAUGCUGACAACGGCCGGAAUGCGACCAAAUAUCUACACUUUUAAUGCAAUGCUAAAUUGGUGGGUCAAGGCACAGAACAUGCGUGAAGCCGAACGUACACUUGAUAUCCUCAAAUCCCCACCAUACAAUUUCCACCCCACAGUACACACCUACACAAAUAUGUUACAGGGCUAUGCAGAGACAAUGGAUCUUCCAAAGGCAAUGCAGACCUUUCAGACGAUGUUGAGAAGUGAUCAGAAACCUGAUCGAGCGGCAUUCCACUUUAUGAUUGUGAGCUUCUUGCGGGCAUCUCGAUUACAGGAUGCGAUGGUGUGCGUAAAGCGAAUGCGUGCCAUGGAUGUGAAUCCCACAAAGGAUACAUGGAUGUUGUUGUUAGAUGAGUGUCAUUUAAGGCGAGACUGGGUUGUGGGGGCAGAGGUGGUGCAGGAGUUGGACGCGAGUGGGUUUGUGCUGACGUCGGAUGCGUUGAAGCGUGCGUAUCAGUCAAUAAAGAACCGCUGUACAUAA